GCGAGGCGGCAGCCGUGGCGGUAGCGACGGAGGGCGGUCGGAGGGUUUCCGGUUCCGGUGUAACGUUCGGGCUCCGUCUCAGGGGCUGAAGUUUGUGAGGUCCAGUAUUGAAUCCUUUUUGAGCCAACCUCCUUUUCCUGAAGAAUGGCACUGUCUAAGAGGGAGCUGGAUGAACUGAAACCAUGGAUAGAGAAGACAGUGAAGAGGGUGCUGGGUUUCUCAGAACCCACAGUGGUCACAGCAGCACUGAACUGUGUGGGGAAGGGCAUGGACAAGAAGAAGGCAGCUGACCAUCUGAAACCUUUUCUUGAUGAUUCCACUCUCCGAUUUGUGGACAAACUAUUUGAGGCUGUGGAGGAAGGCCGAAGCUCUAGGCAUUCCAAGUCCAGCAGUGACAGGAGCAGAAAACGAGAGCUAAAGGAAGUGUUUGGUGAUGACUCUGAGAUCUCCAAGGAAUCAUCAGGAGUAAAGAAGCGACGGAUACCCCGUUUUGAGGAAGUGGAAGAGGAGCCAGAAGUGAUUCCAGGGCCUCCCUCAGAGAGUCCUGGCAUGCUGACUAAGCUCCAGAUCAAACAGAUGAUGGAGGCAGCAACACGGCAAAUCGAAGAAAGGAAAAAACAACUGAGCUUCAUUAGCCCCCCUACACCUCAGCCAAAGACUCCUUCUUCCUCCCAACCAGAGCGACUUCCAAUUGGUAACACUAUUCAGCCCUCCCAGGCUGCCACUUUCAUGAAUGAUGCCAUUGAGAAGGCAAGGAAAGCAGCCGAACUACAAGCCCGCAUCCAAGCCCAGCUGGCACUGAAGCCAGGACUCAUUGGCAAUGCCAACAUGGUGGGCCUGGCCAAUCUCCAUGCCAUGGGCAUUGCUCCGCCGAAGGUGGAGCUAAAAGAUCAAACUAAACCUACACCACUGAUUCUUGAUGAACAAGGUCGAACUGUAGAUGCAACAGGCAAAGAAAUUGAGCUGACACACCGUAUGCCUACUCUGAAGGCCAAUAUUCGGGCUGUGAAGAGGGAACAAUUCAAGCAACAGUUAAAAGAAAAGCCAUCAGAAGACAUGGAGUCUAAUACCUUUUUUGACCCCAGAGUCUCAAUUGCCCCUUCCCAGCGCCAGAGACGUACUUUUAAAUUCCAUGACAAGGGCAAAUUUGAAAAGAUUGCCCAACGAUUACGGACAAAGGCCCAACUGGAGAAGCUACAGGCAGAGAUCUCACAGGCAGCUCGAAAAACAGGCAUUCAUACUUCGACUAGGCUGGCCCUAAUUGCUCCUAAAAAGGAGUUGAAGGAAGGAGAUAUCCCUGAAAUUGAGUGGUGGGACUCUUACAUCAUCCCCAAUGGCUUUGACCUUACAGAGGAAAAUCCCAAGAGAGAAGAUUAUUUUGGAAUCACAAAUCUUGUUGAACAUCCAGCCCAGCUUAACCCUCCAGUUGACAAUGACACACCAGUUACUCUUGGGGUAUAUCUGACCAAGAAGGAACAGAAGAAACUUCGAAGGCAAACAAGGAGGGAAGCACAGAAGGAACUACAAGAGAAAGUCAGGCUGGGCCUGAUGCCUCCUCCAGAACCCAAAGUGAGAAUUUCAAAUUUGAUGCGAGUAUUAGGAACAGAAGCUGUUCAAGACCCCACGAAGGUAGAAGCCCAUGUCAGAGCUCAGAUGGCAAAAAGACAGAAAGCGCAUGAAGAGGCCAACGCUGCCCGAAAACUUACAGCAGAACAGAGAAAGGUCAAGAAAAUUAAAAAGCUUAAAGAAGACAUUUCACAGGGGGUACACAUAUCUGUAUAUAGAGUUCGAAAUUUGAGCAACCCAGCCAAGAAGUUCAAGAUUGAGGCCAAUGCUGGGCAACUGUACCUGACAGGGGUGGUGGUACUGCACAAGGAUGUCAACGUGGUAGUAGUGGAAGGGGGCCCCAAGGCCCAGAAGAAAUUUAAGCGUCUUAUGCUGCAUCGGAUAAAGUGGGAUGAACAGACAUCUAACACAAAGGGAGAUGAUGAUGAGGAAUCUGAUGAGGAAGCUGUGAAGAAAACCAACAAAUGUGUACUUGUCUGGGAGGGUACAGCCAAAGACCGGAGCUUUGGAGAGAUGAAGUUCAAACAGUGCCCUACAGAGAACAUGGCUCGGGAGCAUUUCAAAAAGCAUGGGGCUGAGCACUACUGGGACCUUGCACUGAGUGAAUCUGUGUUGGAGUCCACCGACUGAGACUACUGCAAGCCCUUGCCUCUCCCCUCUUGCCUUUGUCUCUUCAGUCCUCUUCCUUAUUCUCCUUCCUAGCCCGGCCCCACUUGUAUGUGAUCUCAGAACUGUGCCAAGCUGACAUUGGAACUGAGGGAGAACACCUUGCUUCCUUCCCUAGUCAGCCUGGUGCUGCCCAUUAUUCCCCUUAUGUGAAUAUGAUUAAAGAGUUAUUUUUAAA